AAAAAAUUUGCAUUAAAAAUUUCAUUAAAUAUUUUUUAACUAUACUUUUUUGAUAAAGUAUUGCAACCGCAAACCAUGUCUUCAUGCAAAUAGGCCUGAAGAUUUCGCGAUUUCACUUUUAUCUUUUUAUGCAUUAGUUACGAGUUCAUGCUUAACAUACAAAACUUCUUAGUGCCAGUACUGAAGAAGUCGCGGUCCAUGAAGGAAAAUUAGCUUUUAACGUUUUUCGAGCUUAGGACCGCUGUACUAUGCAGUUUCCGAAAAUUUCUUGGUGGUAGUUCUUCAGAACUCGCGGUCCAUGGAGAAAAAAUAGAUUUUAACGUUUUUUGAGUUAUGGACCGCUGUGCCAUUGGGGUUGUCUUCAACCAAUGUGGCCCGAAGAUUUCGCGGAUUGAUUUCGAUUGUUUUUUGGAUCGGUUGCUGUUUGUAUUCGUAAAAGCAAGUACAUUAGUGCUAUGCUUAACUUACAACAUAUUUUGGCGGUUAUUCAUAAAAAAUCGGUCACAAGGUACUUAUGAUUGAAAAAUUAAAUUCUGUGAAAUUCGUGUGCACCACGGCAGAUAUUUGGUCAACAAAGAAGAGAUCCUUUUUUGGAUACACAUGCCAUUGGCUUGAUAACAAUUUCCAACGUCACUCCGUUGCACUGGCGUGUAGUCGAAUGGCUGGAAGCCACACCUUUCACAGAGUCGCUGAGUUCGUACAACGCAUAAAUGAUGACUUUCAUCUAAGCAACGAACAAAUCGUAUGCACUAUUACUGAUAACGGAAGCAAUUUCGUUAAGGCCUUCAAGGAGUUUGGCAUCAGUCUUGAUAAUGAAGGUCAAUCAGAAGGUGUAGCAGAUUAUGACGAUGACGUUCCUGAAUCACAGGAGAUCCCAUUGUUUCGGCUGCCAAAACAUUAUAGGUGUGGUUGCCACACACUUAACCUGUUAGCCACAACGGAUUACAUGAGCAUUAUUAAGUCUGACAGCAGAGUGUUCGGGGAGCAUGCGAGUGUAUUGAAAAGGUGUUCAGCAAUAUGGAACAAGUGUAACCGCCCAAAAACUGCAGAGUGCAUCAAAAGCCUGCUGGGCUGCUCACUUAAAACGCCAGUUGCAACUCGGUGGAACACUCUUUACGACGCCUUUAAGCAUGUGUUAAAAUUCAAAGACCAGUUUGACGAUCUUUUUAAGCUAUUAGAUGUCACGAAGUUUACUUCUAGUGAAAUGGAAUAUUUGCAAGAGUAUUGCAAAAUAAUGGAGCCUCUGGCUACAGGACUGGAUUUCCUUCAAAACGAGAAGACCAUGUUAUACGGCUAUUUCGUCCCAACAAUAUUGACAUUAAAAGUCAAAUGGGAAAAAAUGAAUCUUAAUAAUGAGUUCAAUUUCUUAAAUGUAAGAAUUGUAGAUUUGAUAAACGCACUUGAGGGGAGAUUCCGUGAUAUUUUCACAGUAUCACCGAAAGUUCAUGAUGCUUUUGUCGCCGCUAUUACAUGUCCAGCAAUCAAAUUUAAGUUUCUUCCUUCAAUGAAGAGUACUGCACAAGAAUGGACAGAUCUUAAAUUCAAGGAUAUGUUCCUAAAACAUGCGUCUGCAUUUUUCAAUGAUACUCCCUCUACAUCUGUAAGAAGCAAAGGUUUAAGUUUUUUUGAUUUUGGAGAAACAACUGAGGAUCUAACAUUGCACGAAAGCUCUGUCGUCGUAGAGUUCGGCCGCUAUUUGAACGACAUGGAUGAAGACUUGGAAUGCCUAAAUCGAUAUCCUAUUAUUAAAGCGACUUUUUUCAAAUACAACACUCCGUUACCAUCGUCUGCUCCUGUAGAGCGUCUUUUCAGUUACGCCGGCAUGGUCAAUGGGAAGAAAAGACAAAAUUUGUCGGAUGGCCAUUUCGAAAAGCUCGUUGUUUUAAAAGCAAACAAUGUCUUUUAAAUAAUUUUAAUAAAUAAAUAAUAACAAAUAAUUUUUAACAUAAGAACCUUUGUAAAUCACUUCACAGGUUAGCUACCUAAGUUCGUACAAUUGAUAGAAAUAAACAGUUUUAAUUCAGAACUCUCAAGGAAUCGCUCUUCCCUGAUGAAAACGAAUAUGAAGAAGACUACAAUCAAGACGACAAAAAGAUGACCUGAAGCGAAGCCAAGACGGUCAUGACGGCCGACUGAGCAAAAACGUGCUUUAUCAAACGACGCGACGACGAUAAAUACUCAAUCGAAGAACUAUCAAACUUAAACUAUAUUAUGUUUUCUAUUAAAUAAAGUUUCUCAUAUUCUAUCACUUACAAAAUAAAGCCGCACAUAUAUACUUAACAAAAUAAAAUAGAACAUUUUUACUUUUUCCUGGAUUCCUGGCAAAUCAUUUGUAUCCUGGCGAUUUUGGUUGACAAAUUCUUAGGAUCUGUCAGAUCCAAUGAUUCCACAAUAUAGACAUUCAAUGUAAAACCGCCAAAAGACUAUCCUCAU